GUAAAAAACAAAAGCACGUUCCUCGAGGCAAAUAGUCUCCUUCCUCCACUUUCACCAGUCUCAGAAUGCGAGCAAUCAAGAAAAUCUGUUAAUCAAGAUCUCCCCUAAUUUUUUUCUCAAUUCCAUUUUUAGGGUUUCCUUUGCUGGGUAUCUCAAAAUCUGGGACAGCUUUUACAGCCAAAAAAAGAAAAAAUAAAAAUGAACCUCAACAUCUUCAAGAAGAAAACUUCCCCUAAAGAUGCACUGAGAGCCAGCAAAAGGGAAAUGACAGUUGCCACGAGAGGCAUUGAGCGUGAGAUUGCAUCUUUACAAAUGGAGGAGAGGAAAUUAGUGGCAGAGAUCAAGCAAACAGCCAAAACAGGAAAUGAGGCUGCCACGAAGAUCUUAGCUCGUCAAUUAGUUCGCCUCAGACAGCAAAUUACAAAUUUGCAGGGCAGUCGAGCCCAGAUCAGAGGCGUAGCAACUCAUACACAGGCCUUGUACGCAAGCACUUCCAUUUCGACUGGUAUGAAAGGUGCAACCAAAGCUAUGACUGCUAUGAACAAGCAAAUGGAACCAGCAAAACAAACUAAAAUGAUCAAAGACUUUCAGAAACAGUCUGCUCAGAUGGACAUGACGAUCGAGAUGAUGUCUGAUGCAAUUGAUGAGACACUAGACAAGGAUGAGGCUGAAGAAGAAACUGAAGAUCUCACUAAUCAGGUGCUUGAUGAGAUUGGUGUUGACAUAGCAUCGCAGUUAUCUUCGGCUCCAAAAGGGCGGAUUGCAUCGAAGAAAGUUGAAAAUGCUGCACCAAGUGCUCCUAAUGCAGCUACUGAUGUCGAAGACCUCGAAAAAAGGCUGGCCUCUUUGCGACGCGUUUGAGCUUCGUAAAAUCAAUGCCAAUUUACAUGUAUAUUGUAUCAGUUCUUACCCAUAAAUUCCAAAGAUGUAAUAAUGUUCUUAAGUAUAUCACAAUAGAGAUUAAUUACUAGUGAAAAUAUUUUCAAGACUCAAUACUGUGUUUUUAUGUACUUUCAUUUCUCGUACUACUGUCUUGAGUAGGAUGUAUUUGAGAAAAUGCAGAUAUGAUUGAUAAUGUGGAAUCUUCUUACAAGCUUCAAAUA